CCCUGCAUGAAGGUGAUCACUUCCACCCACAGGGAAACAUCGAGAAGAUGGCUCGUGGUGAACCACUUACAGAUCAGGACCGAUUUCCUUGGCUUCUCAAACUACAUGAAGUCAUUGAGAGGUAAAAGCAAACAACAAACCUUUCACACACACAGACUAUUUAUUUUGCACAUGUACACUGAAAUGAACAUUUCGUACCAAAGAUGCAACGUUUUUUUUUAAUGACAGAAAUGGAGUAGAAGACUGUGUGUUUAGAGAGGGAGAUGAAGCCGAUGGGCAGAGCCCAAUGUAUGCAGGCGGGACAUUUUCAGGAAAAAAAAGAUCAAAACUAUCAGAGAUGGUUUUGAAAAUUGAGACGAGGGAGCGAGGAAAGGGACUUUGGGAGAGUAAAAACAGAUUAAGUGAGCGAGCGUGUAGAGAAGAGGUGGGGAGAGCUGAGAAGUAUGCCAUCUCGUUCCCACAACGUCUGCAGCGACAUCAAAGGCUUCCUUUCCAACUCCUGCACACUCAGUCAGCCUUCAUCUGCUCGUAGCCCUUCGUUUCUCUUUCUUCCUCCCUGCAGCUGUUUGGGACCACGGUUCGCUUUUUUCCCCCCCAUUUGCACACAACAUCGCAGUGUUCAGUUCAGCCGUUAUUACUUGUUCUGCCCUCACUUGCUCUCUGCAUGUCUGUGUUCCCGUCCCAGAGAACGAGGUUCAGGCUGCGAGGCCUUUGUGUCCUGCUCGGCUUUGAAACGCCUGUACAGACAGAUUCUGCUCCAUGGCUCCAAAGCCCUGGAUUCCUCCAACAGUCCAGACGGAGAAGUCCCGCCUCCGUCGCCCCCCCACGUCUUAUUCCUCUUUCUACACGGCGACUACGAUCUUAUUCAGCAGAGGGUGGCUGCCCGCAGGGGACACUACAUGAAAGCAGACCUGCUGCGUUCCCAGUUCGCCGUUCUGGAGCCUCCGUCGGACAAGGAGAACGUGUUGUCUUUGGACCUCAGCAGGAGCAUCAGUGACUUGGCCACGGAGGUCCAGGAGCACAUCGUUAGGCUCAAGUCGUCGAUAUGAACCUCAGAUCAUCUCUAUAUUCAGGUCUUAGAAUGAAACACAGUGUUUUGGCUUCAUCUACUCAUUAGCGCCUCAGUCGAGAAUCUUUUAUGAUCUCACGGUGAAAACAUUUCAAAACACAGCAUGUUCCGUUCGCGGUUUUAUUUAUGGUUAUGCUUCCAAGAGCAUGCUACGGAGAAAAAGACUAACAGAUCAGCAGAUAAUGAUGAGCGGAUAAAUGUAGUGUGGAUAUUUACCCUUUUUGAACAGAAGAGUAAUUUUGAUUUUUAAAAUACCAUGUCUUGAUGGACAAAUGCGUCAGCACAUUUUGUCUUAGAGAAAAACAAGAAACACCUUUUUGUACAGAAAAGGAACAAUUUUACAACAGAUUGUGGGUGAGUGGGGAGCACGGUCGUCCUCCAAUCAGAGGGUUGUCGGUUCAAUCCCAGGCUCUGCUAACCCGAAUGUCGUUGUGUCCUUGGGCAAGACACUUAACCCAACAUUGCUCCUGUAGCUGCGACUACAGUGUGUGGUUGUUAGUUACUGAUGUGCAGGUGUCACUGUGUGUGGUUCUCCUGUCAUCAGUGUAUGAAUGGGUGUGAAUGGUGAAUGAUGUCAUGUAGUGUUAAAGCGCUUUGAGUGGUCAGAAGAAUAGAAAAGCGCUGUACAAGUACAGUCCAUUUACCAUUAGAUCAUGAUUGUGGCUUUUUAGUCACUAUUGGGUUGAUUCAGUAGCGGACUAUAAAAUGUAAGUAAAAUGAUUAUGGUUGUAUUUAUUUCCUCAAGUUUUUUAAUUGCACGUUUAAUAUUUAAUUUGACAUAUUAGUGUAAUCAAUUUUUUUUUUUAAAUACCUGUAAGUUCCAUUUGUUUUAGAGGAUACACUUAACCUGUGGACCCGUGGAAACACACUUGCAAUGUUUUGACAGACAUCUAUAUUGAUUUAACACUUGACAAAUUCUUCUUAACAUGACUCCAGAUGAUCCACCUGUUCUCCCUUUCAGCUUUACAGGUUUCUCUCAUCUGCUCCUGAAUUGAGUUUGAGUUUCUUGGCAUUGACAAAUAGGUUAGUUAAUAGAGUUUAGUUGCCUUCCAUAUGCACCAACUAACCUUAAAGUGCAAUCUUUACAUUGAAUGUGAUCAUAUACAGCGAUUGAAGGUUUAUUUCUAACACUCAACUGCUAAAUGCUAAAGGAGGUGUAGCUCCUCUGCCACUAGCUUGAUACCAAACUAAAGGUCAGAUCAGGUCAAGGCUUCAUGAUUCCUAUUCUGUGAGCCUCUUCAGUAGACUCACACAAAGCCACACGUGAGCACGGCCGCAAUGCCCCAACACACUGAAACACACAAACACCUCCACUCAGCGCCGUGGAGCCGUUUUAGUGGUGUGACUCAUCUGCAAACCUCAAUCCGAAUAUUUUAGGAGCUUCUAAUCCCCCCCAAAAAAACCUUUGGCUACCCUCAUAUCUCACUCAUGCAGGCGAUUGCGCGUGCGCGCACACACACACACGCGCGCACACACUCACAGCAGCACAGACACAGACAUCACUAGGGAUUAAACCCUUCCUCAGUUUGGCAGUGACACACAAUAACACACAGGUUGUCGAAGGGAUCGCACACACACAUAUCUGAUGCUGCAGUCGAAAAACAUCCAGCAAUAAGUGUCGCAUUUGUCAGUUAAUCCAUCUGGUCUCUUGAGGACACAAAAGCAGGGAUGGAAAAAGAAGGUGCAACCCUCUCAGAUUCACACACAUCCUAUUUAGGACCUGAAUAGUUGGCUAGAGAUCACCUGUAAAUAUGACACGGCUUGAAUUUGUUUAAAUACAUAAAUGAAUGACUA